AUGUCUUUCUCAUUCAAUCCGAAACUGUUCUCAAUCCUUCUGUUCUACAUACUUGGCUUCCUUAUCUUUGCACCUGCUGAAACAGCCUCAACUUUCAGCCAUUACAACUGCACAAGCAUGAAUACAUAUGCUCGCAAUAGCACUUACCAAUUCAACAUAAACACACUCUUAACUGCACUUUCAUCCAAAGCUUCUGCCAGCACCAACCAAGGUUUCUACAACACCACAAUCAGUGGAAUAAACACUUCAGACACUAUAUAUGGACUCUUCAUGUGCACAGGAUACAUAGAACUCUGUGGAGAAUGUGUUAGGAACUCCAUCAAGACACUUGCCUCAAGGUGUGCCUUCAAUAAAGAAGCUAUAAUGUGGUCAGAUGAAUGCAUGGUUCGCUACUCAAACAGGUCUUUCUUCAACACUAUGGAGGAAAAGCCAUCAUCAUGUGUGCAGAACAAGGAAGAUUAUCGAGGGGUAUUGGAAAGCUUCAACAAAGUGUUAAGAUCCUUGAUGGAAGAUCUUCUAACUCAAGCAAGUGAAGCUCCAAUGGGUUCUAAUAAAUUUGCUUUCAAGAAAGAAAUGAUCUCAGAGGACAAAUUCUUGUUUGGCCUUGCUCAGUGCAUCCCCAACCUCUCCAAGGACAAUUGCAGGCAGUGCCUUGGGGAUGCCAUGGCUUAUCUUCAAACUUCAUGUGCUAGAGGCAAGAUAGGAGGAAGAGUUUUGUAUCCAAGUUGUAUUGUUAGAUAUGAUCCUUAUCUAUUUCAUCCCCUUCUUCUACCUAUAGGCAAAAAAAGGAACCUUGGAGCAUUGGCAACUACCAUAAUUUUUCAUGCACUUGUUCCAGUUAUGAAUGAUUUUUUAAUUUUAAACUUUUUUGGUGUAGUUGGGGAAGAGAUUACAACAGAAAUGAACUCUUUGCAAUUUGAUUUUCGUAGUAUUCAAGAAGCAACAAACAAGUUUUCUGUUGAAAACAAGAUAGGGGAAGGUGGUUUUGGAUCAGUAUAUUGGGGUAUGCUUCCUAAUAAUGGACAAGAAAUAGCGGUGAAGAGGCUCACAAGAAAUUCAAGUCAAGGAGCAACAGAAUUUAAGAAUGAGGUUUUGCUAAUAGCCAAGCUUCAACACAGAAAUCUUGUGAGACUGUUGGGAUUUUGCAUGGAAAGGGAUGAGAAGAUACUCAUUUAUGAAUUUGUGCACAACAAAAGCCUUGAUUACUACCUAUUCAGUCGCGAAAACCAUAGAAAAUUAACUUGGCCUGAACGUUACAAGAUCAUAAGAGGAAUAGCCCGAGGUAUUCUUUAUCUGCAUGAGGAUUCUCAUCUCAAAAUCAUACACCGCGAUCUUAAACCUAGCAACAUUUUGUUAGAUAGCAAAAUGAAUGCAAAGAUAUCAGAUUUUGGCUUGGCAAGGAUUAUUGGCAUUGAUCAAAUGCAAGGAAAUACUAGUAUAAUUGCUGGGACAUAUGGCUACAUGUCUCCAGAAUAUGCAAUGCUUGGCCAAUUUUCUGUUAAAUCUGAUGUGUUCAGCUUUGGUGUCAUAAUUCUCGAGAUUGUUACUGGCAAAAGAAAUGUAGACUUUAACGGAGUAGAUUCUAUUGUUGACCUGCUGAGCCAUGCUUGGAAGAAGUGGAGGGAUGGUAAGAUCUUGGAAUUGUUGGAUCCCACAUUAGCACACAUGUUUUUUGAAACAGAAGUGAAUAGGUGCAUACAAAUUGGUCUACUAUGUGUGCAAGAAAACCCACAACAGAGGCCUACUAUGGCAACAAUUGCUUUGUAUUUUAAUUGUGAUGCAAUGGAUCUGCCAUUACCUAAAGAGCCAGCAUUUUUCAUGCAUGGAAGCACAGAAUCAAGGAUGACUAAGAAGGAAUUUGACGACCUAGGAGUUAUUUAA